AUGGAUGUUUCAAGCGCGACCGGCUCCAGCGCAGCCGCCAACAGGGCGGAGCGGUUCGAAGACGAGAAACGUCGAAUUAUUGACAGCUGUUUCAACAAAAAGGAUACCGAUGGCCUCCUUCACGAGACUUACAUUACCCAUAUUCGCGUUACGGAGUUCUCCUCGCAUUCGUCGAUGCCGCCACCUCCUGAAGCCCGGGGCCUCAACACGGAAAAGCCCAGGAUCAUUGUCGUAGCGGUACGCAAAUCCGGAAGGGUCCGAGUGCAUAAGGCCAAAGAGAACAGCAGUGGGACCUUUUCCAUCGGCAAGACUUGGAACCUCGACGACCUUUCACACAUAGAAUCAUAUACGGGGCCCAAGGUAAGCCCAAAUCUGCGAGAAUGGGCUGGAGAGACUGGCUUUCUCGUCACGCUGGGAAAGCCAUACUUCUGGCAAGCUCAGACCGAAAAGGAGAAGAAAUUCUUCAUUGCGAGCUUGGUCAAAAUAUUUGGCAAAUACACAGGAGGCAAAUUACCAGAGCUAUCAGGGUUCGACCAGAGGGAAUUGGAUCAAAUUCUAGGGGCGGGCAAGCGGCCGACUGGAACACCGCCUCGGCAUCAAACGAGUGACCCGACGACCAGCCAACAAGCCAUCACCACGUCUUCAGCCGCACCCAAACCCGGGUUUGGAGAGGGGCCGCGAUAUCCUAGGCCGUCUCCUCUUGUCCGACCUUCGCCGAAUGAAACCAUGUCUCCUUCCGGUAGCUUUGACUCCACCACAUCCAGAGAGCGCUCUGUACCUCGAUGGACGACCCAAAACAACAAAAGCCAAGACUCCAUUGCCAAUUCUUCCGCGACAAAAGGCGAUGAUUCGUCGAGCCUUCCGCCGCGCUCACGCAGUGGUAUGAGUGGACCAAGUGGUCUCAGUGGGCUGAGCGAAGCUCGAGAUGCUCCUGACUCGGCUCCUGACUCUGUACCUCCACUAUCUCGCCCGUCGCUGGACGACAAAGUGCCCCCUGCACGAAGGCGGCCCCCUAUGGAUCCUUCAAGGCCGCAAGAUAGGGAUCUGGUUCCUGCUCCGUUGAUGAGUUCGACAGCCAAGAGGGAGCCGGUGAUGCCACCGCCGCGCAGUAUUGAUCGAGUUGCUUCUCCCGCAAUCCCGUCUGUGUUACAGCCAGGAAUAGCUUUUGCUAGUCGACCUAGCCUUGAUGAAAAACCGCCACCUGCAGCGGAGCCAUUGGACGAUAUGGAUCAGAAAUCAGGGAGCUUUACUGCUAACAACGAUUCCAAAGAUCUGACUUCCCCCCCAAUAGGAGGUACAAGCUCGCCCGCUCAGCUAGGCACAAACGGUGCCGCAACCCCUGAAAAAUCGGCCAUUGAACCUGAAGAAGAAACUCGUCCUGGGUUAGGCCCUAUGAUCAAGUCGAAAAUUUCCAAAGGGGAUGUUGCCGGUGCUUUCUGGAAGGCUGCAUCUGCUGCAAAUGCUUUUCGUCCACGACCCGGAGGAGCUGGAGAACGACUACGCCAAACCCAAGCCAAGGCGAAUGAGGGCCCUGACGGCAUCACGAGCGUUGUUCCCGCACCGCCCAGACCAGCAUCUCGCGAUACGAACCUCCCGGCUCUUGAGCCCCCCAAACCAGCCGGUGGUGAUUCGGCAAUACCAGAGGUUAAAAUACUGGUGUCCGAGUCAAACAACUCAGGGGGCUCUCAGUCACUGGUCAGGGAAGUCAGUGAAGCCGACAAGGACCCGGCUGUUUCGAAGGAAUCCUCUCGUCGACCCGUUGUCGUUGGGCAAGAUGCCAGGUAUCUUCAGAGGCUGGGUAUUGACCCCAUUAUACUUGAUGAUCGGAGUGAAGAAUUCGGCAAAUGGCUGGACUUUUUUGGUUGGGUUCCUGGUGAUCAAAUGCAUUGCUUAAAUAUGGACGAUAUAAGCAAUGACCUAGAGCGAGAAUUAAACACAGUCCAGGCGGGAGGGUGGUUAGCACGCUUUCGAGAAGAAGAUGAGAGGGUGAAUACUAUCAAACGAGGAAUCGACCUUGCCAUGGGUGAAUGCGAAGAGUUGGAUAACUUGCUCACGCUCUAUUCAGUGGAGCUUUCGACCCUCUCAGAUGACAUUGCCUAUAUCGAAGCUCAGGGCCAGGGCCUUCAGGUGCAGACGGCCAAUCAGAAAUUGCUGAGAAAGGAGUUGGAGUCGUUGCUGGAAACAUGCGCAAUUACCUCCAACGAUCUCCAGGCACUUCAACAAGCACCCCUGGACAGCUAUACUGGCUUGGAAGAGGUGGAGCUCGCCCUUGUUACUCUGUUCAGAGCCAUGAUGAAAAUCGAUCCCUCACUCGGGGGUGAUGACACUGGAAAGUCUCUGGACGCUGCCUUAGACACUGACCAUACGUUGGGGCUAAACAGCAAUUACGGCAAGAUGAGGAUUGUGCAGGAAAAGAGAGAAAUGUAUCUGCAUGAAAGCAGGUACUUCAUGAAACGACUACUGGACUUCAUGACGGGUCAAUUCGGAGAAGCUUAUGUCGAAACGAAGCGAGCAUUGGACGGCGCUCUUUCCAAGAAAGUCGAUCCUGCACACCACAGCAUCGGGAGGGAUCUUCUGUGGAAGUACAGCCCCUUGAUGCUCUACGCGAGAGAUGUCGAUCUGGAGAACUGGAAUCGUCUUCUGCAGAUUUACCAAGACAAGAGCUCCCCUGUGUAUAAGCAUGAAUUUCAGCAUGUAAUCUCGCUUUGGCGAAAGAACGCCAGGAAAUUGACAGGAGAGGAAGCAGAAGUCAUAUUCUCGUCGCAGGUUGAGAAACAGCAGGAAGGCGUGGCAACAGCUGCUAGAAAGCUCACUGUCAAACGCAGUCAGACGUUGGCUAAGGCUCUGCGAUCGCCGUUGGCAGACGGGGGCACCAGAACGCCCGUUGAAAGGAGCAACGCGGAUUCUCGAAGCUUGCCGUACGAGGUCUUUUCCGGCGUCCUGGAGGAUCUCUUGCCUUUGGUCGAGAUGGAGCAAAACUUCAUCAUCGACUUCUUCCACGCUACUACGCUGGAGCAAACAGAUUUUCCAGAGGCAGUCGCAGCAUGCCCACCUCGGGACCGCCGAGGAGGCGAUCUGAAGCGGCAUAGGCUCAUGGAGCCCGACCGAGAACUUGCUCGUCGCGUAACGCGGUCCAUGGAGGCUAUCUUUGCGUUCCUCGAGGCAGAGUUGCGAAGGUUGAUGGAAUGGGCCAUUGCGCAAGAUCCACUCCAAGGUGUUGGAGUGCUCGCCACGCUCGAAAGGAAGUUGUCUGAAAUGGGGCAAUCCAACCAAGACUUCCUCAACGCGCUGCUCCAGAAGCUACAUGCGUCGUUGGAAGGACAGUUCCGGAAGUUUGUUGACGAACAAAUACGCGCCAUCGAGGAGACAAAGGUCAAAAUCAAGAAGCGGAAGGGCGUCAUAUCGUUCAUACGUAUAUUCCCUGCGUUCAUGGCCGCUGUGGAAAACAUGGUCGCUGGCUUGGACCAGAAUCUGGUAUUGCGGCGGACGGUCAAUCGGGAAUACGAUCGCAUCCUCAAGACGAUGUUCGAGUCACUGAUGGUGAUUGCGCGCGAGCAUCCUGCUGUCGGAGUCGCCAGUGGAACAGCUGAUCCAGAGGACAAGGAGGCGCUGAACUUCCACAUCCUGCUGAUCGAGAAUAUGAAUCACUUCCUGGAAGAGACCGAUACUCGCGGCUUGGAAGUUAUAGAGAACUGGAAAGCGCAAGCAAACACCGAAUACCAUGAGCACAUGGCGCUGUACCUGAAUACAGUGAUGCGACGCCCGCUCGGCAGGCUUCUGGAGCAGAUCGAGAAUAUCGAAGCGCAGCUGCAAACCGGCAAGUCGGCAAUGGCCAUUGCGCGACAGCCCUCAAACAACAAGGCUGCCUUCAACAAGGUGCUAGGCUCGUAUGACGCGAAGGAGGUGCGGAAGGGCAUCGAGACUCUACGGAAACGCGUGGAAAAGCAUUUCGGGGAUGCAGACGACCCAACCCUCAGUCGGGGCUUGGUCGUCAGGGUGCUCAAAGAGUGCGAGGAAUUCUACACCAACGUCGAAAGCAGGAUAGGCAGGAUCAUCACAGACGUCUACGGCGGAGAGGUGUUCUUCGAAUGGCCCAGGGCAGAGGUCAAGGCUGCCUUUAGGUAG